ACCCUGAUAUUUCCAACUGAACUGGACCCUAAGUAGACAGUUAACAUACGAAAGCGGUCUGAUUUGCAUUGAAUCUGAAUCUGAAAUUCUGCAUAAUCUCGUUUAGAGGUUUUCGUUCUCUAUUCAGUGGUCAGCGCUGUACAUUCGACGACAAUUUGUUAAAAAUAACAAUCCAGAAUAGACAGACACACAUACAUUCUGUAUCGCUCGCGAUUCCUAUAUAAGUGUAUCGUUUUAUUGUUCUUGCAAAUUGGUUAGUGAGUGUUUGUUUGGCGAAGUGCAAAAUAAGAAGAACGGGUCUCUCUCGCAGCAGAAAAGUGGUAUCCCGUCUGCUUCCCACUUGUUGGAGCAUCAGAACAACUAUCUUCCCAUUAUCCAUCGAAUCGAUAUAAAAAGUUCGGAGAUUGCUGAACGGACGUUUAGUUGUUGUUUAUCUUUCCGCAUUUACGCAGAUAAUCCCCGAAGAUGAAAGUUGUCUACUUGCUAUUCAUAUUGAUUGCAUGCGUCGCAUUACAUCACAGCUUGCCCAUAGAAGAUACAAAAUGUGCCAAUUUUUGUGAGCUAAACUAUGCUCCAAUUUGCGGUACAAAUGACGAGGGCAAAACCAGAACGUUUGCGAAUUUGUGCGUCUUGAAAUCAGAAAACUGUUUACGACAAUCAAACUUUCAAAAAACCGCGGAAGGACCUUGUCCUUAAUCAUAUGAGCAUCAUUCUUGUGAUAUUUUCAUCGCUUAUCCAGAUUUUUAAGCAAUCAUCGUCUAAAUUAUUCAUUUAAACAUAAAAUAAUUAUGAUAUAGUAGUUUGUAUUGUAGAAGCAUAACGCAUACGUGAAUCAUGUAAAGUAGUGAUCCUUAUUUGUAAAUUUAGAUCGUAGAUUUUUGUAGUCUGUUUUGAGUUCAUUGACAAAUACAUGUUAUAUCAUUUCUAAAUUUAGACGCAUAGGGUCUACAGUACGCAUCGUUCGCACCAACUGAUAAUGACUGUAUUCUAUGGUGAUUAGUGCCUCCUAAUCAAUCUAAUUCUACACGAGCUUAUUCUACUUUCAGAAUGGGCGCCUUAUUAGUCGUGAUUUAACGAUGUUAAGAUCUUGCUCUUUCUUCAAUAAACCAAAAAUCUCAAGUUUCCGUUCGAAUAGCAAACUUUUUCAUUUCUUACGACUAUAAGCAUUCAGCUGAAUGCAAUCUUUUUCAUUUCUCCCUGCAAAUCGAGAAGAAAAACCCACAUUUUCUUAUCAGCAGUUAAUAAGAGCACUAUAAUUCCAAACAGUAGCGUCACAAUAAAUUUCGCGCGUAAAUGACUUCGGCAAACCGGAAACUCUUAAAUAAUAUUGAAAAGUUAUCAAGUCCCAUUCAAACUUUGCACCAUGCACUUUUUGGCUUUACGACAUUUCCUUUUCAUUAAGCUGUUAUUAUUGAGGGAGAGCAUUAUCAGAAUCAAUUACAAUUCACUCAAUUCCAUUCAAUUCAUUUAUAAAUUUUAGCAUCAUUUAAAUGCCGCCUUGCUACAGUAGUAUUGAUGAUAAGCCAAUGUAAAUUUGAAUAUAUGUUACUUAUCGGAGGAUUUUUUAAAAAUUUAUUUCACCGUCUUUCGAGUGUAAUAUCCUGUUAAUCUCCCGAAAGAACUUUAAAAAUAUAAUGUGAAAGCAGA